AUGGCCGAAACGGCGCUUCUGAAAUAUAUACAGGGAAUCAGCUUCCCCACGGAAGUUCUCGCGAAGUGCCAGAAAUUACAGAAAUCCAGCAAGAUAUACCUAUUCAACCCUAUGCUCGACGAAGAUGGGAUCAUACGUUGCAGAUCGCGUUUGGAAAAAUCCGGCGACCUGUCUUUCGGGGAGAAAUUCCCAAUACUCUUAGACGGGAGAAACCAUUUCGUUCGCCUGCUCAUAGCCUGGAUUCACGAGACUAAGUGCAAACACGCUCAAGGCAUUUCCACGAACCUACAUCACGUUCGAACUGAGUUUCUCAUCCUUAGAGCCAGGAGCUCAAUUAACAAAGUCCUCAGAGGCUGUAAAAGCUACAUAGCUCUAUUCGUGUGCCCAGUCUCCAGAGCCAUUCACCUCGAGUUGACGCCCGAUCUCACAACAUUCGAAUUCCUCUUAGUCCUGCGGAAAUUCAUCAGUAGGUUCCCUUCAGUGACGAGGAUAAUGUCAGAUAACGCGGCGACCUUCAAGCGCGCGGAGAAAGAGUUAGAGAUGGCAUACCGAAACGCAGCAGAACCGGAGAUCCAACACUACCUGGCGAAAGCGAAAAUCGAGUGGGAGUUUAUUACCGACAGAGCCCCAGUACAGGGUGCUUUCUGGGAAAGGAUGGUUCAGCUCGUCAAGAAACCUCUCAGGAAAGUUCUGGGCACCAAUGUUCCCCGAUUCAGGGAGCUCGAAUCAAUUCUCGCGGAGAUAGAACUCUGCAUAAACCUGCGGCCGAUUUCGGCACUGCCAUCCGAGUUUUGCGAGAUCCGAGCUUUAUGCCCUAUGGACUUAGUCUAUGGCUACCACGCAAAAGCACGCUUUCCCGACUCCUCAAAGAUGAGGAUGCCGGAUCAAGGGGCCGCACAAGCGAUAAUUCUCACUAAAGCUUGGAAACGUCAACAGACCGUGUUGAACGCGUUCUGGAAAAGAUUUCAAUCCGAGUAUUUACAACAACUUAGAUCAGCUCAUGAGAGUAAGCCAGGGGAGACCCGUUCGCUCAGGGUCGGAGAUGUUUGUAUCCUUGCGGAUCCGAGCCCUUCGAGAAGCUUCUGGCCUCUCUGUAAAAUCGUCGACGUGUUCGGUGGGCAAAGAACCGAUCUACGACAGAGAUCUUGCAUGAUCCAAUUCGGUAACGGAAAAAUCGUCAAACGACCGAUAUCCAUGAUUUACCCGCUGGGUUUCAGUGAAAACUAA